GGUGAGAACGGCACGUGUUACAUCGUUAUCAAGCAGACCCAUCCCCAGUAACGUCAACCUGUAGAAGGAAUGGCCAGUUUGCAUGUCCUUCACACUCGAAGGUCACGGAGAUCAUUCCGUAAAACAAAUCAUGCAGUGGUGUAGAGGUUGGGUGAGAACGGGACGUGAUGAAAAAGAAAAAGGAAAGGCUAUAGAAAUCAGUCGAGUGAGCAUCUCCGACACGGCAACAACUGCAGCGCACUAUUUGUCAGUUGGCACCAACUGCCUUACCUCAUCGCAUUACCAGUUCGCAAUCACUACUUGUGCUGCCCCUGCCUGCUACACCGAGGCCCCUAAUUUUUACAACACUCAAGUGCCCAAGUACUACACUACAUGUUACGGUGCCCUGAGCUGCUCCAAGUCGUUUAAGAGGAGAGACAAGGUGGUAGAAAUCAGUCGAGUGAGGAUCUCCGACACGGCAACAACUGUCGUGCACUAUGUCACUUACUGCAUUCUUCGUCCUGUUACCCAUUCGCAAUCAAGGUACACCAGUGACAAGUGUUGCAUCAUUCCCAAGCAGGUACAAUUGCCGCAAGGUUCGAGUUGGAUGGUGAAUGAGGAAGGGAAAAUCGUAUUAAACGCGAGAAGGGAGAUAGGAGUCAGUCGAAUGAGCAUCUCCGACACGGCAACAACUGCAGCAAAGCAGCGCACUGUCACCAACUGCAUUCCUCAUCCUGUAACCAAUUCGCAAUCAUGGUGUCGCGCUGGUGUUGGGUGUUGUAUCGUCGAUGGCUGGGUCGACCACUGGUGUACCGAUGUCUUCUUGCUAUGGCGAAUACUGAACCGCACUGCCACCGCCUUACUACACAACAACAACUUACGCAACGACCAGUUACUACACCGAGGCCACCAAGUACUACACCACUAAGGCACGGGAGUACUACACGACUAACUAAGUAUGCUGCUCCAUCCUACUACAUACAAUGAGGCUACCAAGUACUACUGUUCCCAGCUACUGCAACGAGGUUCCAGCUCAUUACUCCGCCAAAACGGUUGAAUAUUACACUGAAGCGCCAAAGUACUACUCUGCCCUGAUAUACCCAACCACAACUGAGGCGGCCAAGUCUCAGCCCCGACUUACUACACAGAAGCUGCUCCUUCGUACUACGUUGCACAGAAAUACUACACUGAUGCUCUAGUUCACUACACCACAACCUACGCUACACCUAGCUACUACACCAAAGCCAAGUACUGCACCGGCAAGGUCGAAUAUUACACAACCACUAUGCUGCCACAGUCUACUACACCGUAGCCCCCAAGUACUACCCCGUCAAGGUCGAAUUUUUCACAACCACUAUGCUGCCCCAGUUUACUACACCGAACCUAAGUAUUACUCUGCUCCAAGCCUUUACUAAAUAGAGGUUCCUGUUUACUACACCACACAUCCCCGAAGAAUUAUACUAUAACCUACGCUGCCACCAGGUACUACACUGAGGCUCCCAGCUGCUGGGGAUUGGACAUCACCAAGGAACCCGAAUAUUACACCACUACUUACGCUGCUCCGACCUACUACACCGAAGCCGAAGCUCCGAAGCACUACUCUGCUCCGAGUUACUACACUACUAAGGCAUCUGAAUAUUACACCACAACCUACGCUUCCCCAACUUACUACAAGGAGGCUCCUAAAUACUAGAUCCAAAAUUUCUAUAUUAUUUAAUCAUGUUUAAAUUUGGCGUUUAUCUUCAUGGUUAUUAGACACUGGGAAUUGAUUGUUGAUCUUUAUUGAAAAUAAAUAUUUGUAAUGCGGUAAA